CCUUCUCUCCUCAGUGGGAGCUUCCUGCCGGAUCCUGAGGUGUAACUCUGAGUUUGUUGCUGCGACCGUCCACCUGAGCGGCGGUGGCGGCGCGGCGCUCAGCAGCGACUCGGCGUACUGCAGCGCGCUGCGCUCCUACAGCCUGUGCACCAAGCGGGUGGCGCGGCCGUGCCGCGGAGACCUGGCCUACCACUCAGCGGUGCAGGGCAUCGAGGACCUGCUGAUCCAGCACCGCUGCCCGCGGGCGGGGCCCACGGUCCGGCCCUGGCCCCGCCCACAGGGCGCCGUGUCGGGGGACGCCUGCCUCUACGAGCGGAGUUUCGUCAUCAGGGAGGGCCGGGCGCCUGAGUACCGGCACUGCAGCGUGUUCGGAGACCCACACAUCCGAACCUUCAGCGACGACUUCCACACAUGUGCGGUGCAGGGGGCGUGGCCUCUCAUCGACAACGACUACCUGUAUGUGCAGGUCACCAGCACGCCAGCCAGUCACGGGACGCACCACACGGUUGUCACCAAGGUGGGUCAAAGUUCAGCUGGCGGCUUUCAUUUCCUCUGCUGGCAGAUGAUUGGCUGCCGCUGUGAGCAUGGCGGCUGCUGCUCUGGUAGUGGCAGCACCAUCACCACAUGUGUGUUUGUGAAGUUACACAGUCAAAAGUCAUUUAUCUGGGAGAUAAAUAUUUAGCUUGCUAACUUACUGCUUACAAUGGAGCUAAAUCUAAAAAUAUUUAGCUUCAAACUAAUUAUUUAGCUUUCUAACUAAACAUUUGUAUUGGAGAUAAACUAUUAGCUCUAACUUAUA